UAGGCACCGACGGUGAUCAGGCAAAACAAUUGUAAAUAAUGGAGAAUAAAUCAACUAGUGAAACUUCUGUGAAGACAGUACCUUAGAAAGACACUGAUCACUCAGCUUAAUUUAACCCCUCUCUCAUGUCUGAGAUCCCAGAUUUCUGCCUCGGUCUGCUUUGACAAGGAAUACUGGAAUGCACACAAAUAAUAUGAAGGACACAAAGAACAACUUUAACAUCUCUCUUCUCUGUGACCAAAAGGAGAAGCUCAUUCAAGCAAUUAAAAAGAUUAAACAUGAAAUUGAUGAAUGCCAUGAAGCUGAAAAGGACACCUUUGUGGAAGCACUGGAGGUUGAGAACAGAUUUGAAGAGAUAGAGCGUGAAAUCCAAACAGAGUUCCGGAACCUUCAUCGCUUCCUGGAUGAGGAGGAGGAGAUGGACCUGGAACGAUUGAGGAAAGAAAGGGACAAACGAAUGAAGAUCUUAAAAGAGAGAGAGAAGAAGAUUGCCAUGCAGGGUAGAGAUCUUGAGAGAGCCAUCGAGACAUUAAACUGCAAACUGAGGGAAGAUGACAGUCCCAAACUUCUGAAGGAAAUCAAAGAGCUUCUGAAAAGAUGUGAGGUAAAUUUCAUCUGUCCUGCCCCAGUAGAGAGUGAUAUCUGCUCUAGUCAGUUUGUGGGACCCAUUCAGUACAGGAUCUGGAAACACAUGAAAACAUCUCUCUACCCAAACAUAUCUGCCUUGACUUUUGACCCUGAAACGGCACAUCCCCUGUUGACCCUAUCUGCUGAUAGGACUACUGUGUUUAUUGAGGAGGACAAGGAGGUGCCUGAGGAGAACCCAGCGGAGAGAAACCCAAAGCGCUUCCACUACUACUAUUGUGUGAUGGGGUCUGAGGGUUUCACUCAUGGCUGCCAUUACUGGGAGGUGGAAGUUAAGGGCAAAACCUCCUGGCGAGUGGGCGUGGCCAGAGCAGAUGUGCAUCGUGGGGAGAUGACCUCCUCCUCCACGUUAAACGGACUGUGGACACUGUCCCUUAAAAAUGGCUUGAUCACAGCCUGCACGCACCCAAAGCCCACACAGGUGCGCUCGUCCACCCAUCUCAUCCGCAUCGGCAUCUUCCUGGACUGUGAAAAAGAGGAGGUGUCAUUCCACAAUGCUGUCACCAUGAUGCCACUCUUCUCCUUCUACAUGGGAACUGUUCUAGUGCCACUCUAUCCAUUCUACAACCCAUGUGACACAGAUGAAGGAAAGAACUGUGCCCCUCUAUCCAUCUUUCAUCCAUCAUUCUAAGAAAAUUGCAUAGUUGAUGGAUGUUUGGUUUUUCCCCCUACUGCUAACUCAGCUUUAUCUUUGUUGUGCUAAAGUUAUAAUCCAUAUAGUAUCACAUCAAACCUUGUAUGUCUUAAACAUUUUAAGACAUACAAGGAGAAUUAAAGCUAGAGAGCAGUUUUUGCUGUCAAUCAACUAUUUACAGGUACAAUAAACUAGGACUUCAAAACUUUUUUGACAGCUGAACCCCUAUGACCUUAAUAAUUAACUUGUAGCAGCCCCUUAGAUUUUGAGUAAUGCUAAUCUUUUAUUAAUUGUAAUAAAUUUUACAAUGAUUUUACGUGUUACGGUGUUGUGUGUAAAUAAUUAAACAACUUAUUUUUGAUAAGAUCAGUUUUAUGUUUGUAAAUUUCUGUUUUAAAAACUAUAAAUUUUUAUUCCAAUUAAUCCGGCUUUCAUCCAGAUCAAACUGUGAAUUUGGUGACAGGAGGUCUACUGCUGAAAUCGGUCUGUGCUUACCGAAAUUCGAACCACUGUUCCCAGUGACCAAAUCUAUUAGUGUUGUUGAGUUGAAACGCCCAUAGGGUGGCGCCAAAAGCGAGCCGUAUUUUAAUUUUUUUUUUUUUUUAUCAGAAAUGCAUAUGUUAUAAACCUUAAACCCAAACCCCAACCAUAAAUCUAACCAUCAGUGGAGUAAAUAUGUUAUUUUAGUGUGAAAAUGCAACCUCAGAAUCGUAAAUUUGAUUACUUCCUGGUCUCAGAUUGAACGCAAUAACUACCUGGUUUCUAUGGGAUACUGAUGAUUCUGAGAUUUAGUCUGGCCAUGACAAAAGGAGAACAUUUUUUAAUUGUAGCAAAAAUGUCUGAUGGGAGAUGGUGCUUGGGAAUAAUUCAGCAGAAUGGGGCAGAUUUCAAGGUACAUGAACAUUCCGAAGCAGCAUGUCGAUUUCCUGUGUUAUCAUAUUGCUUCGUAACCAUCUCACAAACCCCUUGCAGCUCCAUCUUUCACGAACCCCUAGGGAUUUGCAAAACCUUGUGUGGGAAGCUGACUGUGUGACUUGCUCUAGUCAGCUUGUAGAGCAAAAUUCAGUACACAAUCUGGAAACAAAUGUUCCCUUUACAAAAGGCUUCACUUUGAUGUUGCGCUGCUAAGCGCUACGGGGGGAACAGCUUUCGCUGU